AGUCAACUGAUAAGCGGUCAGUGUUACUUCUACCUCCAAAGCAGUCACUUCGUCGCGAACAGAGCGCAGGCGUGUCCCAUGGAACAGCCGCCCCACGCGGCGUAAAUUGUUUCGUUAUCAGUGAAAAUUGGUUAACAACAAUAAGUGAUUAAACUGUGUGUCUGAAAAAACAUAAGCUGUUCAAUGUAUCAAGAAUUGGGCUGCCUCGCGAGUGACAUUCCGGCCGCGUUGAAACAUUUGCUUGACACCCACAUCAGGGCUGGCGAAAGAGGCUGCCAGCAACCUGGAAUGCAGCCGUUCAAACCUCAAAGGUGUGCCAACGAGCACUGUUCAACUGCAGGAACACCCUUCAACCCUACCAGUAACUAUCGACACAAAAAUGAGGACAAUUUGUGA